AUGUUCUCCGCUGCAUCCUUGUUGACAACUAUCCUCUUAGCUUUGUCAAUCAUGGGAUCGCUCGUUGAAGUCAACAAUUCCCCCAUCACCCUCCCCAUCGUCAGGAGGCUAAAUGUCUCUGAUGGUACUAUUAACCUCUUGCAGCAGGAUAAAGCUCGCGUGGCUGCCUUUAAAGACCAGUCCUUGAAGCACGGUGGUCAUGGCACUCCUGCGGCCAACGUUGGUAAUGGAUACUACAUCGCAGUUGGCAUAGGCAGCCCCGCCACAACUUACUUUUUAAUCGUCGACACCGGUAGCUCGAACACAUGGGUUGGCGCCAAAACUCCGUACGUGAGCACCAGCACCAGCACCUUCACAGGUGAGCAUGUGGCGGUCUCCUACACUACUGGUCACUUCUCUGGAUAUGAGUACAUCGACACUGUCGAUCUCGGUAAUGGGCUCACCAUCGCUCAACAGUCAAUUGGUGUUGCUGCUGCUGAUACGUCGGGCAACUGGGGCAACGCAGACGGUAUCCUUGGCCUCGGGCCUGUAGGCUUGACAAAGGGUUCCCUGACAGAUGAAAGUGGAACGACGAUCCCGACUAUCACUGACAACCUGCAUAACCAAGGCACCAUUCAUCGCGAGAUUGUCAGUAUCUCUUUCGAGCCCAUUACUUCAGCGCAGGCAACCGUCAAUGGAGAGCUCACCUUCGGUGGAACUGUCAAAAACAAGCACGCCGGCCCCAUCACGUACACUCCUAUCACUAAUGCCUAUCCUUCAUCGAGAUUUUGGGGUAUCGACCAGAGCAUUUCCUACGGCUCCUCCUUAAUUAUGUCCUCUACUGCGGGAAUCGUCGAUGUUGGAACCACCUUUAUUCAUAUUGCCAGCUAUGCCUACAAAAACUACAAAUCUGCAACUGGCGGUACUCUGGAUGCGGCGACUGGUCUUCUCCUCAUUUCUUCUGCCCAGUACGCAGCACUCGAGAACCUGAACUUCAAUAUUGGUGGCGAAACUUUCUCUCUCACCCCUAACGCCCAAAUCUGGCCUCGCGUUCUUAACGCCUACGUUGGUGGUAGUAGUAAUGGCAUCUAUCUCGUCGUUAGUGACGUUGGUUCGCCCAGUGGAAAAGGGUUUGACUUUGUUAAUGGCUACCCAUUCACCGAGCGCUUCUUGACUGUAUUUGAUUCCUCCCGUUCCCGCAUCGGUUUUGCCAACACCCCGUACACUGGUGCCACCACCAACUAA